GGCGGUGCGCAUUGCCGCAAUCGAAAUCAUUCGCGCCUUUCGUAAAUUUGCAUUUUGUACAGUCAAAAAGGGGAUUUGCAUUAACGCCGCCAAGAAUAUAAACAAACAAGAGGGAGGCAAGUGGUAAACAUUAACAAUUCUCCACCAAUGAACACCUGCGAAGUGGAGGGAGAGGCGGAGACGCUGGUAAAGCGCUUCUCCGCCAGCUGCGAGCAGUUGGACCUGGAUCUGCGGAUCCAGGAGAGCGCUCUGGCCUCCUUCCGACGAUUCGAUGCCUCCGGCGGGCUGUCCACCAGCGAUGGCGAUGUCCAGGAGUGGCUUUGUUGCGCCGUCUACAGCGAACUGCAGCGGGUGAAAAUGCGGGAAAUCAGGGAGGAGUCCGAGAAUGCCGCCAACGAUGCCAACGAAUCGCUGGCCAAGAACAGCUGCUGGAACCUGUCACUGACCCGACUGCUGUGCAGCUUCAAGGUGAACGUGUCGCAGUUCCUGCGCCGCAUGGAGCACUGGAACUGGCUGGCCCAGAACGGGAACACCUUCCAGGUGGAGAUCGAGGAGCUGCGCCGUCGGCUGGGCAUCACUUUAACCCUCCUGCGGCACUACAAGCACAUCUUCCAGCGCCUGUUCAUCCAGCCCGGCGAGCAUGCUGAUCCGGAUGUCCAUGCCCACUACCAAUCGCUCUAUGAGUUCGGCUGGCUUCUGUUCCUGGUCAUCCGCAAUGAGCUGCCCGGCUUUGCCACUUCAAGCCUGGUCAACGGCUGCCAGGUGCUGGUCUGCAGCAUGGAUCUGCUCUUUGUGAACGCCCUGGAGGUGCCCCAAUCCGAGGUGAUCCGUCGCGAAUUCGCGGGCGUGCCUAAGAAGUGGGACAGCAAGGAUUUCGACGCUGCCUUCCUCAACAAAUAUAGCGCCCUCGAAGAACUGGGAGCACUGAUUCCCGAGCUGCCGCUGAAGGGGGUCCGGCAGAUGAAGAACGCCUUUUUCCACAAGGCCCUCAUGAUGCUGUUCAUGGACCAGAGCCUGGUGGGAGACGACACCCAUAUGCGAGAGAUCGUGGCGGAGGGAAUGCUGGACAUCAACAUGGCCAACCUAAAUCGCAAAUACACCAACCAUGUAGCCGACAUCAGUGAGAUGGACGAGCGCGUGCUGCUCUGCUUCCAGGAAACGAAGGAGCGGCAAAGGGAUGCUCAUCUAAGUCCAUUGCCCGCCGUUCAAGCCAGUUCCUCUUGGUCGUCGCUUAAGAAACUAAUGUCCCAGGAGCUACCGCUGAGCCUUCCCGGCAGCAUAGUAAAAGCUUUGCAGAAGGAAACUGAUGGAAAUAGGGUUGUGAAGUAUAUUGAUCAAACGUUGCUACGUAUGGAAAUGACCUUUGCCAAAGCCGCCAAGGAUCUGUUGGAUGCAAAGGCGGCCACCAAGCGAAUCCGCCUGGCCAGGGGUCUCUACUACAAAUUUCUGUUAAAGAUUUUGGCCCCGGAGCUGGCUGCAAAACCGCAGCUGAAGAUAGGUCAGCUACUGAAACAGCGCACACUGACCGCCACCUUAUUAGCCUGCUGCCUGGAAGUGUCUCUCCACGUUCACGAUGAACAAGUGGAUGCCUUAAAGUUUCCCUUUAUACUGGACUGUUGUACGCUGGAUGCCUACGACUUCCAAAAGAUCCUGGAGCUGGUGGUGCGCCACGAUCAGGGUUUCCUGGGUCGAGAGGUCAUCAAACACCUGCAUGUGGUGGAGGACAAGUGUCUGCAGUCGCUGAUCUUCCGCAAGACCUCGCAGUUGUGGUGGAACUUGAGACAACGGAUGCCCAGCUACAAGGAUGUGCAGUCGGAAGCAGAGGGCAAGGAGAACUCUUCAACGGGAACGGAUAUUUGCCUGCGAAAGUUCUACGGCCUGGCCAACCGGCGGCUGCUGCUCCUGUGCCAGAGUCUGUGCCUGGUGGACUCCUUCCCGCACAUCUGGCACCUGGCCGAGCACUCCUUCACCCUGGAGGGCGGCCGGCUACUGCGAAAUCGUCACCUAGACCAGCUGCUGCUAUGUGCCAUCCAUCUGCAUGUGCGGCUCGAGAAGCUCCGCCUGACCUUUAGCAUGAUUAUCCAGCACUAUCGCCGCCAGCCGCACUUCCUGAGAAGCGUCUACCGGGAGGUGGACAUGGGCAAUGGCCAGACUGCGGAUAUCAUCCGUUUCUACAACAGUGUGUAUGUGAAGAGUAUGGGCACCUAUGGGCGUCACCUGGACUGCGAACAAUCCCGGGGGACCAAGAAACCUCUGGGUGUUCUGAAGGAAACGCCUCUCAAGGAACGCUGCUUGAGAUCCAACAUAAGCAUAUCUGCGACACCCUCGCCAAAGGUCUGCCAAAGCGGAUCCUGCUCCAGUCUUCCACCUCCCUCUCCUGCCGCUUCCCCACUGCCCACGCAGAGCUCCCCCAACAUAAAGCGCGCUGCGUCGACCAGCGAACUGAGGGAGGUCAAGCGCCCCAACAUCCUGCGCCGCACCAGCUUUCAGUAAUCCAGAAGCUAUCCGAAGAGUGCAUGAAAUACUUGGCUACAUUUUACGCAGCCAACCUAGGAUUAACAUUAAGAUACUCCUGAUCUACUUCUUGCUCAUUGUAAAUGAACCGACUGCUCAACUGAACUUUUAACGUAAAUAAACAUGAAUUAUAAAGUA